CGUCCCGGUUUCGCUGUCACUUCCGGCUGUUUGUCCGGGAAGCGGAUUCGGUCGGAAUAGAACGCGCGGAUCCCGGGAGCCGGCCCACCAGCUGCACAGGCCGCCAACAUGGCCCGGGAUUACGACCAUCUAUUCAAGUUGCUGAUUAUCGGAGACAGCGGUGUCGGCAAAAGUAGUUUACUCCUAAGGUUUGCUGAUAAUACCUUUUCAGGCAGCUACAUCACAACAAUCGGAGUUGAUUUUAAAAUCCGAACAGUUGAAAUUAAUGGUGAGAAAGUGAAACUCCAGAUUUGGGACACGGCAGGACAGGAGAGAUUCCGGACCAUAACAUCAACAUACUACAGAGGGACGCACGGUGUCAUUGUCGUUUAUGACGUUACCAGUGCUGAGUCUUUUGUAAAUGUAAAAAGAUGGUUGCAUGAAAUAAACCAGAACUGUGAUGACGUGUGCCGGAUAUUAGUGGGAAAUAAGAAUGAUGACCCUGAGCGGAAAGUGGUGGAAACAGAAGACGCCUAUAAGUUUGCUGGUCAGAUGGACAUUCGGCUGUUUGAGACUAGCGCUAAAGAAAACCUCAACGUUGAGGAGAUGUUUAAUUGUAUCACUGAGCUAGUCCUCCGAGCAAAGAAAGAAAACUUGGCAAAGCAGCAACAACAGCAACAGAAUGACGUGGUGAAAUUAAACAAAAACAGUAAAAGGAAGAAGAGAUGCUGCUAGGUGCAGGCACAGCACAGAGGCCGCACGCAAUCCUAACAUUCGUUCCUGGGACGAAGAGUAACUGUACCACGGGCAGUGCCCAGCUUUCAGGGGUUGGGGCAUUUUCUCAGUUUUGUGCUGUUAAUUUAAGAAUUUUCUCAAGGUUUUCUAUUGAGAGGCGCUGGCACCUUUUUACUGCUGUGCCAACAAGGUGUUGUGGAUCCUUGUCAUCCCCUUGUCACCCCUGAUCUUCUGGAGCGUCUGCUAGGAAAGGACAGUUGCAGUGCCUACCCCUUGGACUGAUUAACAAGAGUCUGUACAUAAUGUAUAUUGCGUUAACCAGCCAUGCCGCCCUCCUAUUGCUUUGGCUUUUGCCUUCUGAUCGCCAAUCUGUCAUGACGUGCGAUGAAUAUGAACUGAUCAACUUUUUAAAGAUUUAGGACAGUUGGCGUCUUAACCUUGGCUUGCGCCUGGUUUUUGGUCCUGCCUCUUAGGGUAAGAUUCACUAGGCCUUGCUGUUAAUUUGCUUCCCUGCUGUUUAGUUUUUGUCACUAUUUAAAACCACGCUAAA